AUGCCACCCAUUUUGGUCCCAGAAAUAUUUCGUGUUAAAUCAUCUGAUAAUAUUUCAUGGUCAGAUGACAAAUUGCAGUUUACUUUUCACCAAUGGGAAAACAUCCCUGCCAACGGCAAAGAUCAUGUGCAUCUUACAAAGGAGCUCCUUGGAAGCUGUGAUAGCAUUGAAUGGCAGGUAGAUGAGUUAGAGAAGACAAUUUCGGUUGCAGCAAGAGAUCCUGCAUGGUUUGGCAUCAAUGAAGUUGAGCUUGGAAAAAGAAGGAGAUGGACCAGCAUUACCCGGACUCAGGUGGGAAAUGUAAAGAAAGCAGUGGGUGGGAAAGACUUAAAUGGCAAAAGCAUUUCAAAUAAGAUCGGGGAACGCCGAGAAUUGAUGAGGGUACCACAUUCUAAACAGCAUGAGAGAACACCUCUGUAUAUUGCUGGAGAGAAUGAUGAUUUCAUCUCCUCUGAAUCAGAUAGACAAAUGCUUCUCAUAAAGUACAUGAAUUACCCACUUUUCCUUUCUUUUGGUUUUCACUUGCAUGAUUCUCUGUAUAUGUUAUCUACACUUGUUGACAUGGAAUGG